CGAAGAAGAAGAGCGCGGAAAAGUAUAAACAAAAGAAACAGCUCUACGUUAUGCUUUAAAAUCUGCUGUAUUCAUCAAGCUGAGAAACAACUGACUUACUAUAGUAAAUAUGGAGAUUAAGGAGGAACCCUGCAGUAUAAAAGAUGAAAGGGCAGAGGAACAAACAGACGCAUAUGGAAGUACAAUCAAUACACAGACUGAAAUGAAAGUCAAAGAAGCUUUCAGCUGCUCGGACUGUGGAAGGAAUUACAAAUAUAAAUCCGAUCUUAACCGCCACAUGAGGACUCACACAGGAGAAAGGCUGUUCACGUGCACUAAAUGCGGGAAGGGUUUCACAACAAGCGGAAAGCUAAAUGUGCACAUGAGAGUUCACACCGGAGAAAAGCCUUUCGAAUGCAGCCAAUGUGGACAAGCCUACAAGGAUAAUGCAGACCUCAUCAACCACAUGAGGGUCCACACCGGAAUGAAGCCUUUUAACUGCAAGCACUGCAGGAAGAGUUUCACAAGUAAAGGCGCUCUCAGACACCAUCUGCGCUCUCACGCUGAUAAAAAGCCAUUUAGUUGCGGUCACUGCGAUAAAACGUUUCUGACAGAAACUAUAUUAAAGCGACACCUGGUUGUUCAUACUGCUGCCAAGCCUCAUGCUUGCUCUUUCUGCGGAAAUACCUUUUUAUAUCUGCAGAAGUUAAAAGAGCACCAGCUUAUUCACACCGGAGAGAAACCUCACGAGUGCCCAGACUGCGGGAAGAGCUUCACAACAUCAAGCAACCUUAAAAUACACCGGAGGAUUCACACCGGAGAGAAACCGCAUCAGUGUUCGGACUGCCAGAAGAGCUAUCCUACUUCGUCAGCUUUGAAGAUUCAUCAGAAAUCACACGGGAGAGUAAUCGUGUGCUCUGUGUGUGGGAGGAGCUUCACUCGGUUGUCAUCCUUGACGAAUCACCAGAGAGUUCAUACUAGAGUAAAGAAAAAGUGAUGAUGUUUUGUUUAAUGCAGGGGUGUCCAAACUCAGUGCUGGAGGGCCGGUGUCCUGGAGAGUUUAGCUCCGACCUUAAUCAAACACACCUGAACCAGCUAAUCAAACCCUUACUACAUGCGUCAAAGUCAAUUCCGGGAGAGCUGCAGCUCUGCACAGUUUUGCUCCAACCCUACUCAAAAACAGCAGAUGCAACUAAUGAAGGUUUUCAAGAUUCAUUUAAACACCUCGAUUAGUUGGAUCAGCUGUGUUUAAUUAGGGUUUAAUUAGGGCUCUGGCUCUCCAGGAAUUGACUUUAACAACUAUGCCUAACUACACAGGUUUCAAAGGCAGUUCCCGGAGGAGCUCUGCAGAGAUUAGUUCUGCUUUAACACACUUUACUAUAGGUUUCAAACAAGCCUGAAGGACUCAACUACUUUGAUUAGGUGUGUUUAAUUAGGGUUGGAGCUAAACUGUGCCGAGCUGCGACUCUCCAGGAAUUGAUUUUGAUAUCUAUGCCUUACUACACGGGUGUCAAAGGCAAUUCCUGGAGGGCCGCAGCUCUGCGCAGAUUAGUUCUGCUUCAACACACUUGCCGAAAGGUUUCAAACAAGCCUGAAGGACUCAAUUAGUUUGGUCAGGUGUGUUUAAUGAGGGUUGGAGCUAAACUGUGCCGAGCUGCGGCUCUCCAGGAAUUGAUUUUGAUAUCUAUGCCUUACUACACGGGUGUCAAAGGCAAUUCCUGGAGGGCCGCAGCUCUGCACAGAUUAGUUCCAACCUUGCUUUAACACACUUGCCUAUAGGUUUCAAACAAGCAUGAAGGACUCGAUUAGUUUGGUCAGGUGUGUUUAAUUAGGGUUGGAGCUAAACUGCGGAGCUGCGGCCCUCCAGGAACUGACUUUAACACCCAUGCUUUACUACACAGG